AUUUUGUCCCCUCGCUAUGAUGAGAAAGGUCGUGUUAAUUUGCUUACUAGCGAGAUUUAGCAUCGGAUUUCCCCAGGCUCACAUAUACAAGCCACUUCUUUGUGAGGAAACCAAUGCUAAUAUAACCAGAUCUUCGCUUCUUGCACAAUGUGUAAAUCAGGACGAAUGUUUUAUAAACAGACCAGUAGGUCUAUGCCCCAAACUUGAAGUUUGCUGCGUUAAAAAACAAGAUUUUAACAUUGACGAGGUUGAAUAUAUGGAAGAUUAAAUUAGCUGGAAGGCAAUAAUGUACGUAUUAAACCUGGAAUAAAGCUUACUUGGAAAUGCUAUUACUUUUUGGGACAAAGUAUGUCUGCAUUAAUAUGUAUGUAAAAGUAUGUCUGCAAAAAAAAAAAAAAAAAACGGUUUGUGCACUUUAAAUUGUCUCACUGCUGUUAGCAAUGAUAGAGUAGUAUAUUACCAUCUGCAGGCCAGAAAUCCGAGAUCGUAGAAUUCCCUAAGGCUUCCUCAUUGACUUGGAAUCAAAGGACCCGGCCACUCUCUCCUCCUCUUUGGCGUUCCGACAGCUUAUUAAAUGCAACCGAGCGAGACAUCAUCAAAAGCUCCUCCGACCACAGCCAAAAUGAGUGGAGAAGGUGCGGGCUGCCAGAAGGAGAAGGAGGAUGAGGAGGAAUGGAGCCUCCAUUCCCUGCUGAUGUUUAUUAAAUAGUUGCACGACGUCGUGUGUUGGACAUGCCCAUUUUGCACUUGCAGCUGGAAAGUUGGAAGUGGGUAGCUGAUGGUUACUUCAUGGCUUAGUGCAUUCCUGCAAUUCAUGCAAUAUUUCAAUUUUGCAUUCACCAUUUGCGACGACAGCAAAGUGGGUUUUGGGUCCACCCAAAACACUUCAUCGGCCGUGGGGUUUGGUUUGGGGAAUUGCAAAAGCGGGAGUCUGGCAGCCACGGCAACCUUUGAACCGAAAUUAAAACCAAACAAAUGUCACACCAGCAGCGCUUUUGCCGAGUUUUCCCAUUCAGCUUUCCCUCAGGCAAUCCCGCCCCUGGAAAACACUCAUUCGCCCUGUUGACUUAAUGCAGAAAUUGCAAAUUUCGCG